AUGCCCGCUACCACCAUGGAAAUGCCUCUCUGCCUUUCCAGGUGUUCUGCGUGGAACCCGCGUUUCAGAUUCGCGUCUUCAUUGUCCUUCCGCAAGAUGCCGUUUCGCACCAUUGACCACGGGCCUUUUGUCGAGUACAACUCCCUCGUUUAUGAUUUUGAUACCGGCGGGUUUAGCCAGCUCAGAACCCGUAUAUCUAGACAUAAAGACAUUCUUGGUAACAGUGCUCCUGAGCAUUGUGCGGUAUCGCUUUCAUUCACAAUUCGCGUGUCGAGCGUCCACGAUGCUUCGAUGCUCUUAGGCCUGAGGCAGGUAACUAUUCUCAACACGUCACCACGCAGCCAAUUAACCUUGGAGCUUCUGUUGGGCGAACCUUUGUUCAUAUAUUCUCAGCGAAGAGUUUCGAUGUUCAAGCGUUGUUUCCAGGGUCUCUGA